AAGGUUGCUGAUAGAGAUAAUAUCAAUAUAUUGAAUGUUGAUAAAAGUAAAGAAAAGGAUGUGAUGGUUAGUCUUGUGGAAAAGGAUAAAAUUAAAGAUGAAACAAUGUUAUUGAUAGAGGCUUCGUUAGAUGUUGUUAUGAAAAUGAAUAAACUAAUAAAAGGUUUGGUGGAAACCUUGAGGAAAUGGAAAAAAUUGAAUAGUGCUGAAGAAUUUAUAGUUAAUAAUGAUAGUGGUGAAGCUGCAGAUGUUAGAGCGAAUAAACCUGAAAA